AUGGAGACAGGCAGGCAAACAGGUGUGUCUGCUGAGAUGUUCGCCAUGCCCCGAGGUCUGAAGGGCAGCAACAAGGAUAGAAUCCCUGAGGAACUAGAUGGGAACUUGGAAGAACCCAGGGAUCAGGAAAGUGAGCUCAGGAGUCAGGAUGUCAUGGACCUCACAGAAGGUGACAAUGAAGCAUCAGCCUCAGCUCCUCCUGCAGCCAAAAGACAGAAAACAGAUACCAAGGGGAAGAAGGAGAGGAAGCCCACCGUGGAUGCAGAGGAGGCUCAGAGGAUGACAGCCCUGCUUUCUGCCAUGUCUGAGGAGCAGCUGGCCCGCUACGAAGUGUGUCGCCGAUCAGCUUUCCCAAAAGCACGCAUUGCAGCUCUGAUGCAGUCUAUCAGUGGCAGAUCGGUGUCUGAGAACACCGCCAUUGCUAUGGCUGGAAUAGCUAAGGUCUUUGUCGGAGAGGUGGUGGAAGAGGCCCUGGACGUGUGCGAGAUGUGGGGAGAGACGCCCCCGCUGCAGCCCAAGCAUUUAAGGGAGGCCGUUCGCAGGUUAAAGCCCAAGGGCCUCUUCCCCAACAGCAACUAUAAAAAAAUCAUGUUCUAGGCCCAAGGCCAGAGGGAAGGGUCUGUUUGUGCAGGAAUAAGUAUCGCAUUCAUCUUCCAAUGACAGGACUGCAUUUGCUGGAGCUUCCUUAUCUCAGUCCACCCUGGAUUCACCCACAAUCUUAGUGUCUGAUACUGUGAAGUUGACCUUACCUAGGUGAAGACAGCAGAUUGUUUCACAGUGGCCUUGGCUAAAUGUUUGGGACUCCAGGGGCAUAUUGAGGCAUUUUUCUCAGUCUUUCUAGUUGGAAGAAUAAAGAUGCCUGGGCCUUGAGCCUCCUGUGGACAGGUAGCUGCAUUCGGAGAGGGAAGCCCUUUCCAGGAGAUUUGUACGGAUUCAUUCUGAAGCCUGGUGUUGCUGUGUCUUACCUUGUAUGCUGAUGUCUGGGUUUCGGUAAGCGAAGCCUCCAGAAAUGUUUCCCAUUUGUUGUCCCUCUCUGAUUUUCAAUGCUCAUAUGUAUUUGUUUUAGUCAUCACAAAAGCAGUUAAACUGUUUUCCAAAC